GUCAACGACGCCUUGCGCCCUCCGAGCGGUUUCCUCCGCUCUCCUCUCUUUCCGAUCCACGUUUGGUCCUCAGAGCGCUUCAACUGCGUCCUCACACCAUCCCGCCGCUUCCGGAGGAGCCACCGGUCGUCGUUGCCCCCAAAAAAGACGGCCCCCCGUUUCGUCCUCCCUUGGCAUUUAUCCCCCAAAAAGAUCUCCUUCUUGACCCGACUCGCUGCCGUUGCCGGGACGUGUUUCCAGUCUUUCGGGGAGGGGGGGCGUCUCGGAUCAAACUUCCACCUUCCGCGCUUUCUGCCCUCAAAUCACGGCAGUGGUUUUCGUGUCCCUUAAUUCCAUCCAACCCGGCGCUGCUGCAAGUUGGGAUCUUUUCGGGCCUUCUUGUUCCUCUUCGGUGAAUUGAAUGUAUUCGGAAUGCCAAUUUGAGCCAAGGAGUGUUCUAAGAAGAAAUGAGCUGCUUCCCUUGUUUCUCCAAGAAAAAUAUCCCAAAGGAGGACCUACUACCUCCGGCUUCAGGCGUGGUAAAGGAGCAUGAGCCAAAUGGAAAGCCUGAGUCUCAUCCCACACAGAAAACCUCUGAUGAAGCAAACCAAAAGGAUGCUGGAACUGCAAAUAUUGCAGCGCAGACAUUCACAUUCCGUGAGCUUGCUUCGGCUACCAAGAACUUUCGGCCUGAGUUCCUUUUGGGCGAAGGAGGGUUCGGUAGGGUGUACAAGGGUUGCUUUGAGAAGAGUGGGCAGAUCGUAGCCAUCAAACAGCUCGACAGGAAUGGCUUCCAAGGCAACAAAGAAUUUGUAGCUGAAGUAUCGAUGCUCAGUCUGCUUCAACAUGAAAAUAUAGUCACGCUUGUAGGAUACUGUGCUGAUGGUGAUCAAAGGCUUCUGGUCUAUGAAUACAUGCCCAUGGGUUGCUUGGAAGGCCAUUUGCUUGGUAUCCCAGCUGAUCAGAAACCUUUGAGCUGGUAUACGAGGAUGAGAAUAGCUUAUGGUGCCGCUCAAGGUCUGGAGUACUUGCAUGAGAAGGCCAACCCGCCUGUGAUCUACCGAGAUCUGAAAUCAUCCAAUAUCCUGCUCGAUGAAGAGUUCAAUGCAAAGCUCUCCGAUUCAGGGUUUGCGAGGGUCGGCCCCAUGGGGGACAAAGGCCAUGUUUCUGCGAUGGUGAUGGGCACGGAUGGAUACUGUGCACCAGAAUGUGCGAGGACGGAUCAGCUCACUAUGAAGUCGGAUGUGUACAGUUUCGGGGUCGUCGUGCUCGAGUUAAUCACCGGGAGGAGAGUCAUCGAUGCAUCGAAGCCAACCAAUGAACAGAACCUCGUCGCCUGGGCAAUGCCCAUGUUCAGAGACCAGAAGAGGUACCCGGAGCUGGUUGAUCCGCUGCUGCAAGGGGACUAUCCAGCUAAAGGAUUGAGCCAAGCAGUCGCCGUCGCCGCAAUGUGUCUCCAAGAAGAGGCUUCGGUUCGCCCGUUAAUGGCUGAUGUCGUCAAGGCGCUGAGCUUUCUUACGACGGCAGCGGACUCAUUACCGGAAGAUAGUGUGUUAGAAGAUGAAUAUGAGCAGAGUGAUGAAAGUAGCGACUGAUGGUUCUUCCGACUCGGGACAUUCACAACUACUCGAGGCUUGUUGCUUCUCUGUUUCUGUAGCUCUGUCACUCUUAGGAGUCAAAGAGUAGCAGCAGCAUGUGGAGUGAGAUUUCAGGGCACCAUUGAUUGGGAAUCAGGUCCUCCUUCUUGCUCCUGCAUUACCCAUAUAACUUGUAUGUUCUCUGGAUCUAUAUAAAUCCAUUAAAGCAUUUCCAUUUGGCUUUUCAUGUGAUCGGCCAUGAGAAGAAU